GCGUCGCUGCGUACGGACGUGCGAUACGCGUUUCCUGAAAUUAACUCGAAUUUCGUGAACUCUUUCGUGUUGUGUGACAUUUUGUGUUGUGCCUGUGACCUCAGAAUCUCUUUGACAAUUCUCGUGUUCGUGCGCCCGGUUUUCCUCAGUUUCCAGAAACUGAAGCUAAUGGAUCCCAACAAGUUGAGUUAGACUUCAGUGAAACAUGAAGCGCGCCAUGGCGUUUUGGCGCAAAUUGCCAAUCGCUGUCACUUUUGCGCUAGCGACUUUGGCGUGCAUCGUUUCAGCCAGGGACAUUGUUUUAGAUGAGUCUUACACGGUGCUACAUGUUGGGAAUAAUGAGCGACUAAGGUUACUCUGUGGCCCGAAACCGAAGGGUGUCCAAUGGUUCUUCAACGGAAAAUCUAUAGAAAAUUCUUCAAGAAACCGAGUGGUUGUACAGAAGCAAUCGUUAAGAAUAAGAGCAUUUCGAGCGAAAGAUGCCGGAGUGUACAAAUGUACCAACGACGAAGGCCAAGAGAUGAGCGUCAACAUCAAGCACAAACCUGAACAGAUGUCUGAUAAUAUUGAGGAAUAUCAGUCGGAUGACAACCAAAGGCUUCCGGAACCUUCGCAGUACGUGUUCGACAAUUAUUCCAUCGAAGAAGACCUGGAAGAGAAAGAACAUUUUACCUACGGCUACCUGGAUUUGACGCAACCAAAAUCAGCGCCAAAAUACAAGCACCCGGCAAGGAUGGCGAAAAUGGAGAUUGUUCCAACGGGAACUACAGUCACUUUCAAAUGCGCUGCUGAAGGUAAUCCAACGCCUAACGUUACUUGGUAUAAAAAUAACGGACCAAUAACGAGAAGAAACCCGCCAAGUUACGGCAAAUGGUGGGUGAUGCUUGAUGAAGUUACGAUAGAUGAUGAUGCGAACUAUACGUGUCAAGUAUGCAACGAGUUAGCUUGUAUAGACCACACGUACUCUCUUCAGGUUGAUAAAAAUAUUCUGAAACGACCACCUCCUGAAAGUUUGGCGCAGCUGGCCGCAUUCGAUAACAAUAAACUCGAAGAUAACGCUACAGAUAUAAAGAGAUACAAAGAAAACGAAGCUAAAGAUGACGAUUUGGACGAGAAAAAUGAUAAGGAGCAUCUCAAUUACGGCCAUGUUGAUAAUACGCAAUCAAAAUAUGCUCCUAGAUUUAAGCAUCCGUCCAAAAUGUAUCAAAUGGAAAUUAAACCAGCUGGCAGUACGAUUAGAUUGAAAUGUGCAUCUGAAGGAAACCCUAUGCCAAAUAUAACGUGGUACAAAAAUAAAGGUACGCCGAUAUCCAGAAAUUAUUUCAAGCCAUCGUACGGGAAAUGGUCGAUCUCACUCGACGAACUGACUAAGACCGAUAAUGGGAAUUAUACAUGCAAAGUGUGCAAUGAGCUGGGCUGUAUAGAACACACGUACACACUCCAGAUACAAGAGCGUCUUUACGCGAAGCCUGUGUUAACUCAAGCGGCCGUCAAUCAGACGAAACUGAUCGGGGAGACUGCUAAAUUCACCUGCGAAUUCCUCUCCGAUCUUCAUCCGUCCGUAUUCUGGAUGUAUUUCACGAAAUACGAGUACGUUUACAAUGAGACGCUCACCGACGCGUUCGGACGGCGUCUGAAGGAGACUGUUGUUUACAAAGACGAUAAUAAAAUUGUGACGAGUGAAAACCCAGAAGAUAAGCCAGAACAGUUGACGAUAUACAACGUGACUAAAGAUGAUGAGGGAUGGUAUGUGUGUGUUGCUAUCAACUCGCUGGGAAAUACUACUGCGAAGGGAUACCUUACUGUUCUAGACUCGUUACCAAUAACAGAAGCAUUAGACCAUGGUAAGCCAGCGCUACUGAUCAACAUAGUAACUGCUGUCUUAGGGGCUAUGUUCUUUGUAGCGGCCAUCAUAGUGGUCAUGAUAUUCAAGAAGUUAAAGAGAGAGAAGAUCAAGAAGCAGCUGGCUAUAGAGACAGCGCGAGCAGUGAUUGUAACCCAUUGGACGAAGAAGGUGACAGUGGAGAAACCACAGAUGAACGGAUCACCGAAUGCUACUGGAGAAUGCUUGUUGAUGCCAGUCGUGAAGAUCGAGAAACAGAAGUUGUCUCAAGUCCAAAGCAAUACGUGUGAUUCUAUGAUGAUGUCAGAAUACGAGCUUCCAGUGGACAUAGACUGGGAGGUGCCCAGGGAAUCCCUGGCCUUGGGUAAAGUGCUGGGAGAAGGAGAGUUUGGGAAGGUGGUGAAAGCUGAUUGCGUCGGGAUAUUGAAGCCUGGCGUCCAAGCUGUUGUGGCUGUUAAAAUGUUGAAAGAGGGCCAUACGGACGCGGAGAUGAUGGCGCUGGUCUCCGAGAUGGAGAUGAUGAAGAUGAUCGGCAAGCACGUGAACAUCAUCAACCUGCUGGGGUGCUGCACGCAGGACGGCCCGCUGUACGUGAUAGUGGAGUACGCGCCCAACGGCAACCUGAGAGAGUUCCUGAGAAAUCAUCGGCCGGGGAAUAGGUAUGAAUCUCCAACGGAAGAUUUGAAGGAUAAGAAAACUCUCACACAGAAAGACUUGGUGUCUUUUUCAUACCAAGUCGCCAGAGGAAUGGAGUAUUUAGCCUCAAGAAGGUGCAUCCACCGAGACCUAGCGGCUCGCAACGUGCUAGUGUCCGACGACUGCGUCCUCAAGAUCGCGGACUUCGGCCUGGCGAAGGAUGUCCACAGCAACGACUACUACCGCAAGAAGACCGAAGGCCGGCUGCCGGUGCGGUGGAUGGCACCAGAGUCACUGUACCAUAAGGUGUUUACUACGCAGACUGACGUGUGGUCUUUCGGCGUGUUACUCUGGGAGAUCAUGACGCUGGGCGGCACUCCGUAUCCGACUGUGCCGGGGCAGUACAUGUACCAGCACCUCAGCGCCGGCCAUCGCAUGGAGAAGCCGCCAUGCUGCAGCCUCGAGAUAUACAUGUUAAUGCGGGAGUGCUGGUCGUUCUCCCCUGGCGACCGACCCUCGUUCACCGAGCUGGUGGAAGACCUGGACAAGAUCCUCACCGUCACAGCCAAUCAGGAGUACCUGGAUCUGGGUCUCCCGCAGCUGGACACACCCCCGUCCAGCUAUGACGGCUCCGGCGAUGAAAGCGACAGCGAAUUCCCCUUCAUAAAAUGAAGGAAAUGAACUGAAGUGUAAUAAGCGUUGUUAAAGUUGCGGUGUAGUUCAAUGAACCAACGAUAGAUGGCGCUGAGUUUAAUUCAAAAAUUCGUCACGACUAGACUGUGUACCAAGUUUUGAUAAACAAAAAUAUAGAAAAUUUAAAAGUUCCAAUUAGUAGAUAAAUGAAUUAAUUGAAUAUAUACAAUGUAGAAAUAAUAAGUAGCUACUGCAAGAAGGUGGUAUUAAAAUUGUUUACUUUUUAUAAUUUUUAAGUUAUGUAAAGAGAAGGUACAAAGAUACUCGUUU